UUUCUCUCUAUUGUUGUUGUUUCAAUUUAUAACCAAAUUUUAAUCAUCCUUUGUUUUAAAAAAUAUUUCCGAAAAAUGAUCAUCCCUGUACACGGAUUUUAAGUUGCUGUUCGAAUGAUUGUGUUCUGUUAUUGUAGUUGAUUACAGUUUAUCGGACAUUUUAUUAAGUCCAGUGUGGAUAGCUCGCAGUUAUUCAGUACAAAGGUAAUCAGCUGCUUGUUUACACCGGUAUUUUAAUCUGACAACCUGAAAUUAUUAUACAUUGUCGGGCUCUUAAAAAAUGAUCGUUUCGUGCAAGUGUCUGAACAUACAAGUUGAGACUAAGGGCGAGCCGAUCAAAUUUGAUAACCGCUUACUGGGUGAAAAUUACAAUACGAUUUUCUUCACUAAGGAAUUAUUGCGCUGUGAGGUUGGGGCAGUAAUCAAACGACAAGAUUGUUUGAUACGCGAAGAAAGAGUAUGUAGAUGGAUUACAUAUGAAUGUAUAAAUUGUGAUAUGCUAUGUUACGCUGAACCAAUGGAUAAAGAAAUAUCAAUUUUAAUUAGUCCUGAUUUAUUGACUGAUGAAAAGCAUUUAGAAAAUUUAAAAAAUUCAGAUUGUUUUUCGCAAACUUAUGACAUUUUCAUCAAUUGUGUAGAUGAUUCUAAUGAGAAAUAUUCCCCUAGAUCGUCUGCACUAUUGCCUCCAAAAAUAAAAGCAUUACAACGACAAAUGAGUGAAAAAGUAGAAGAGGAAACGAAAUUGGUAGAAGAAAAAAUACGUAAAUUUACGGAAAAUCAAUAUUUUGCACUUGAUGAUUUUCGAACUAAAGCGCAAAAUGAUUUUCGUUCUUUAGCUAGAGUUAUAAUAGAUAAAGAUCAAUUGCCAAAUUUUGAACACUUACCGACUCGGACAACUUCUAAUAAAAUGUUAUCACCUGUACAAAUGUUACCAAAACCUGUCAUUACUACAUUAAAAAAUAAUCCUACAAUGAAUUUAAUGGAUUAUACUUUUAAGCCAUAUUCUAAGGGCAAUGAAAAAAGUGUUUUAUCCAAAACUAGUCUUAUUAAAAUACCUAAUGUGGGCGGAAGUAACGAUAGUGGACUGCCUCCAGCAUCAUAUGAUGCUGAAGGGUUAUUCCCUUUAGAUGAUAUGGAUGACUUAAAGAUCAGUUGUACUUCCGACGAUGACGAUCUCUCUGAAUCUGAAGGAGAAUCUGGAAGUCACGAUGAAGGUAUUUGUAUUCCAUAUCAUAUGGCUACUUCUCUUCCUGUAGAUGUACCAAAAUUCAUGGUACACAGCGGCAGCGUACCACAUGAUGCUAACUUACAUAUUCCAAUUGGGCGAGAAUCUGAAAAUAAAACUGAUAUUGCAGCCAGUAUCAGAGCCUUAGCCAAAAGUUUACAUGGUGAUAGAAUUUUUGGAGAACUGCCAAGGCCACGUUUGGGAUCUCAAAUUUGAACUAAAUGCUAUAUUAGUUAUUCUGUUAAAUUAAAUUAUAUUUACGCAAAGUAAUAUAUAUAUAUAUAUAUUUAAAUCAAGUAUCUUGGAACUUAAAUUUCCAAUUAUUUACUUUUUCAAUGAAUCCUACAAAAAAAAUUAAAGGCGUUUAAUUUUAAGUUAAAUGUUUGUUAUUAAGAAUAUAAUUAAUACUAAUAUCGCCUAUAAUUCUGAAAUUUUUUUUAUUUCUUAAAAUGUGUGAUAAAAUUAAAAGUACAAGAUACAUUUAAAUGAGUAUAUAUAAAUAUAUAUAUUUACAUAUUGCUGAUGGCAUAUAUU